AUGCUUUCCCGACGGGCAUUUAAUCUGGCCGCCAGGUCGACUCGAGCAUUUCCACGGUCUCCGCCUCAACCUCUCCUUCAACGAGCACCAUUCUCCAGCGCAGUUUCCAGAAGAGCCCAAGAAGAGAUCGAUGACCCGGAAAUGAAUAAUAACUACAUCAACCCGCCUAGAAUCAAGCGACAACACCGUGAUCCCUAUGCCGACUGGGACGACAAGCAGGAGCGACGCAACUUCGGAGAGCCCGUACACGAAGACAAUGAAGUCCUGGGUAUCUUCGCCUUAGAAGAUUAUACACACAUGACACCCGCUCGGGGCGCGUUAUUGUGGGCUGGUUUCAUCAGCGCUAUCCUGGCCGUCUCCUAUGCCGUAUCCCUCACAUACCCAGGCAAACCUAGUGUGCCGACGGAAUAUCCGGGAGGCCUUGAUAAAGAACUGGGGGGGCCAGGUGCAACGAGGGCGUUUCAAGCGGGUGAUAAAUAUGAGGAAUAA